AUGGAAGGGUGUGAUUACAUUGCUUCAGAUAGACAAGCAGAUAUGGUCUCUGAGGUAGAUAUUGGAGAAAUCAUUUUAAAGCUAAUAUCACUGAUCAAGGAGUCUCUGAGAUUUGCUGCUGAGGCUUGGUCUUGCUCAGGGAAGGAAAACGUAUCUGCAACAGAAGCUAGAAGGGUCUUUCUUCCUGUGAAAUUUUAUCUUAUCAAUGCUGUUAAAGUUGUGGCGCUGUUUCCAAGCCAGGCGUCUUUGGUGUUCAAAGAAAUAGCACUCUGCGUCUUGAUGAUCUCUGCUUUCAAAGUUUUGCUGAGCCAACAAUCCCAUGGCAAAUCCGCCGGUGAAGUUAUGACUGAUCUUCUAGAGAAAACAACAGUAGAUCUUCUAAGUGCACUGUUGAACUCAGGUGAAACAACAGAAUUCAGGCUCACACUUCUUGAUUCGUUGUUUGUUGAUGCACAGUGUUCAUCUCAAACCAUGUUAGUAAGAAACAGAUCCAUGAUUCUCUUGGUGGAUAUCUUGUCUUUAUCUGUUGAAUCUGCGACAAGUGCAAGAGUCUUGCUCCUGGCCCGAGUUGUAUUGUUUCAGUCUGUCAUGAGGUAUUCUUCUGAGCUUGAAGAAGAUGCAAAGUUAGCAGUCACCACAAAGCUGCAAUGGCUUCUCGACGUAUUAAUAGACGCAGAGGUUUACUCUUCAGUCCUUUCCUCUCAGCUUCCAGUGGCAGAUGGUUCUGGGAAGACAAUAAUCUGGGAAUCGAUUUUAUCAGUUCUGAUUCUAUCUCUCAAGACCCUUAUGAUUAAUCUGUCGUCAUCUCCUGCCUGGGAAGAGCUUGAAACAUUCUUACUCCAGAAUCUCUUGCAUCCGCAUUUCUUAUGUUGGCAGAUAAUUAUGGAACUUUGGUGCUUCUGGGUGCGUCAUGCCACUGAAGAUUUGGUGGCUGAUAUGAUUGACAAACUUUGUACAUUCAUCAUGUCAAUGCCAUCAUCAGAAACACCAAUCAUUGGCGAGAGUCUCAGAACUUGA